GGCUGCGCACUCGCCUCGCCGCCACCCUGCCCACUUCCGGCGCGCGGCGCUUCCGGGCAGAGGCUCCGUGGCAGCUGUCCGAGGUGUGGUGCGUCCGGUCGACGACCGACCGACCGACGGACUGACCGGCGGGGCCCCAGCCACCAUGGCGUCCGACGGGCCCCGUGGGCUGACGCCGCGGUGGGGACUGUGCCUCGGCGGCGCCGCGCUGGUCCUGCUGCUCCUCCCGGCGGCCGCGGCGCAGGAGCAGCCCGGAGCGGCUUGUUCUCAGAACACAAACAGAACCUGUGAAGAAUGCCUGAGAAACGUCUCUUGUCUCUGGUGCAACACCAACAAGGCGUGCCUGGACUACCCAGUGACAAAAGUCCUGCCUCCUGGGUCUCUCUGUAAGCUGAGUUCUGCACGCUGGGGCGUUUGCUGGGUGAACUUCGAGGCAUUGAUUAUUGCCAUGUCGGUGUUGGGGGGAGCCAUCCUCCUGGGCAUCGCCAUCUGCUGCUGCUGCUGCUGCCAGAGGAAGAGGAGCCGGAAGCCAGACAAGAGUGAGGAGAAGGCCAUGCGCGAGCGAGAAGAGAGGAGGAUACGGCAGGAGGAAAGGAGAGCAGAGAUGAAGUCAAGACAUGAUGAAAUCAGGAGAAAAUAUGGUUUGUUUAAAGAAGAAAACCCAUAUGCUCGAUUUGAAAACAACUAAAGGGCACUUCCCGGUGUGCCAAGCUGUCCGAAAGCCUCUCUUCGGGACAGCGGUCAGCAGAGACCCCGCCUUGGCCUGCCCCCGCCCUUGAGGAAGCGGGCCUGCAGGGACGCUGCCCCAAGAGCACCGUCCUACUCUUGCCCUGCGGCCCCGCGAGCUUCUGCCCUGUUCUCUCUGGUUCUGUAUUUAGUCACUGAGACACUGAGCCUGUCGGGUUUCUGUUUCUGUUUUUGUUUUUAAUUUGAGGAGGAAAUGCGCACAUUCCACUCCUCUUCUCAGUUUGUAAUUGCAAACUAUACUGCAUAACAACACUAACGCCUGGCUGAUUCUUUCUCCAUUCUCCCAUCGCAGCAGCGGAAGUCUUGCCUUCCUCUCUGCUCACUAGCAAGCUUCACGAAGCCGCGAAGGAAGGUUGUCUUUACUUGUGUCACAGGAGAAUUGACCAGUCCCCCAUCACUUCCUCGUGAAAGCACAGACGGCAGCUCUGUGUCCGUGUCCACAGUCUCCCACGUGUUAAUUCAGGCGGCUCUCUGUUGAACACAGUGUCAGGACGUAGUCUGAUAACCUUCCUGAGCUCAGGUUCACUGAGUGGCGUUGAGGCGUAGUUAACAUCACCUUAAAUCUUUUUUCUUUUUUUGUUUUUUAAUAGUUCUUGGAUUUUAUUCCCCCACCUAAAAGAUUUCAUCAAAAAACUUUACUGUCAAAGUUCAGACCACUUGCUGGAUGAUUUUUUAGUUUGUGUUUAGUACUAGAACAUCAAGACUUUCCUAGUGGAAACUUGAAUGAUAAAUGAAGUUUUAAAACAGCAUCCCUCAGAGCAGUUGCUGGUGGUAGUGUGUGCCGGCGGUGGGGUGGAGAGGCUGUGACUGCCUUGCUCUUUCUUCUCAGCCCCAUUGACAGCAGGUGUCAGGUCCCUGGUGCGGUCACACUGCCUCUGAAGUGCUCUCCCGAGUCUCUGAGACUCUACCUACCUGGCAGGCUGUCUGCGAGGUGGUCAUAUGGUAGCCGAGGGUGCCCACAGGUCCGCCCUCAGGAGGAAGAAGGGACCAUUCACCAGCCAACUCCUCUGCAGGGCUCUGCACCCGGGAGGCAGGGGGCCAGGGCCAGCUCAAGAGAUUCCCGUGCACCACAUGGAGACACUGAUGGUCCUGCUCAUAAGACGACUCCCAGCCCCAAGCCGCGCGCCUUUGGCUCAGGCGAGCUGUGAGAAUUCCCUCAGAGCGGCUCCUUGCAAGGUGGUCAGCACCUCCAGGUGCUCUGUGGGGCCACAUGUGGUGGUUCCAUUUCUUUCCGAUCAGAAUAUGUGGCUUCAGUAAACAGACCGAGCGCUUCGUGGCCGGGGCAGCAGCAGACAAUGAAGUCACUGUGUCAACAGCCUUUCUUAAAUCUGAAAAUAGUUCGAGUUGCCAGAUUGCCUUGAAUUAGAAAAACAUUUAGCUUUGGGAAAGGAGGUCAGCAGGCACAUAAAAUGAGUGACGUACAUUCCAUUUUCUACUCAUAAUGUAUCACGCUGUGGAGAUCGAAGUUCACAGGCAGAUCAACGUGAUUAAAACAUCACCAGAUGCCUUAACAGCACCUUUUUAACCAUGUGAUCUGUGCUGUGAAUUUCUACCCUGAAAUUUUCACUAAGAAACUAAUCGAACGAAUUCUCUGACUUCUUGAGCAUUUGAUGUCAAUUUAAAGUAUUAUGAAACAUUCUAGAUAUUUUAUAGCAGCCUGCAAUUUUUCUACUGUUUAUUCAUAAAAGAGUUUGUAAUAGACUUCAGUGAGCUUUGUAUUAAUCCAGUAGUAUAUAUGUAAAAUCACACUGCUUCUGGAAUUGAGGUUGUGGAGCUGGAGGUGGAGCUAGGACUUGUUAGACAAGAGCCUUUAAUCCUGUCACACGGAAUAGAGCCUGCGCCAGGGUGUCCGCAGGACGGCCUCAGUCCGUCUGCUUUUUUCUGAAAUAGUACUAAGAACAGCCAAAAAUUGUAACCUCAAGGAAACCAUGAAGUUUGGCGUGCCUUACUUUUUAACAAGUUUCCAAUAAAUAGUUUAAUACUUGCUUUUAUUAAA